GUGAGGUUGACCGCUGGCCGGCUCCGAGGCGCGUGUUUGUGUCCAUGCCGGGGAUCGAUCGGCCGCGAGCGAGUAGAGGUGCACGUGGCCUUCUGCAGCCCAGCCAUACAUCGCAUGUUAGCCCGAGCACCGGGGGGCUUACCCAGUGGGUACGUAGGCGACUGCGGUACUCAAGUCGGUAUUGCCCCCCGUGAGGGUGGCGCGCCUGCAAAAGAGGAGCAGUACACACUCGACGGGGUCCCACCGCAUCCCCUGCUUUUGGGAAAAUGUGUGGGACUUUAUCCAGACUGAGAGCACUGGGCGGCGCGCGGCGACUCUGCACGAGGGAGUUUGACUUUUGUGCGGAUAACGAAGCGGUGGGCUCCCUCAGCGCGUAUGAUCAGCACAUCCAGUUCGUAGGGCGCACUCGCGGAAAUCUCGAUCUCAAUCCGGGGCCGCGGCUAGUGUGAGAUAAGAGGGAGCAGAGCAAAUGCAAAAUUCGGAACGGGUUCGAUCAGAACGUCAUCGGCC